CUGGCGCUCUGAGAUAAACAACAAGAGCCAUUGCCAUCCACGGGAAGUAUCACCAGCCGACGCGAUACCUAGCAUCACACCCACCACAUGCAACAUUCUUUAUCGACCCGCGCACAUUGGUUGUCGACCACCAUCUUCUUGCUUCGCGCCGACACUUUUCCUCCGCUCUCGCGCCGACACGAAGCAGUUCCCAACGCGACUGACGCCAACUCCACCACUGGACGCGACGAGCGACACCACUGGGCUUCUGAGGAGACACGCGAGAAACUGGCGCCAUCAAUGCGUUCCCGACACAUACACUCAUGACGACGCUUGUGGCAAAUCUGGAAACGCUUGAUUUAAUUAGCAUGGGGAAUCAGCCGGUGCGCCGGCAAAGCAAACGCCUGGCGGGUCUGUCUGAACCUGCGUCGCAUGUUACAGGGUCGGUAACUGACAUGACAGCAGCCGCGGAUGAUUACGAAAAAGACGACGACUUCCAAUUCUUCCGCAAAUCGAAACGCCCAAAGACGGAUGAGCCUCAGCCGGCCGCAGCACCACCACCAGCGGUCCCAACGAGCACAAAGAAGGCUGGGAGAGGGAGACCACCCAAGGCACGCGCCGCCAAGGGACCGGUGCCAGAACCGAUUGCGGAGGAUCUCGACGAGCCAGAGCCACCAGCAGUGCUCUCAGUGACCAAAGGAACCUCCAAGGGAAGACCGUCCCGGCGGAAGGCUGGACCGGAGCCCAUCGAGGAAGAGCCAAAAUCCAAGGCACCCAAAACAGCGCCAGCACGCAGUACGCGUCAAACGCCGGACGAAUCAUUACGCGAUGAGAGCUCAGCAGCCAAUGGCGCGACCCGCGGCGGGAAGAAGGGCAGAGGACGGCCGGCGCGUGCAGCUAAAGAAGUGCCUCAAUCGCCGGUACCGAUGAUAGAGCAGUCGCAAGCGUCCAAGAUUACGUUGCCCAUGAGCGACACGCCUGUCAUUAACAGGAACAAGGAGAUGCGCAAAAAAGGCGGCGCGAACCGGCGAAGUAGCUUGGGGUCACGAGGGCGACGCGCAAGUUCCCUGAUCGAGAAUGGGUCCUCAGCUCUGCCACAUCGUGAGGUCAAACCGGCGGACUUUUACAAGCACAUCGAGGCGGAGGGCCUGCCGGAGCCACGGCGGAUGAAACAGUUGUUGACAUGGUGCGGAGAGCGAGCGCUGUCUGAGAAACCGCCGCAUGGCACUCUUAAUUCGAGUGUAAUACAUGGAGCGCGCGCAAUUCAAGAUCAGUUGCUCAAGGACUUUGGGGCCAAGUCGGAGUUCUCCAAUUGGUUCAGCCGAGACGAAGGCCCCAAGGCGCGAGUUGUCCUGAAGCCUAAUCCCCGAAAUAUUGAGCUUGACGAGAAGCUAGUGCAGUUGGAGGAAAACGUGAAGAGGCUAAAAGAAGAAAAAAAGUCAUGGCAGGCGAUAAGGAAACCGCCGACGCCGCAACCUGGAAUGUUUUCCGACGCGGACCUCGAGACGGGCGAGAUACAGCUUCCCGACUUCAGUCUCCUAGAUGAUGACGACGUCAGGAUACGCAAUCACCUAUCAGACUCGGCUCUCAGCUUCGCUGCAAUACGAGCCAAGACCGAGGAAAGGUUGCGGCAAGUACGAGCGUCACUAGAAUUCCAAGUGGACCAGCUCGCAGAUAAUGUCCAUAAACUCGAGCAAAGGGUGCUGGUGGCGGGCGACGAAGCAAGCACGGUUCUCAAGUUGAGCGCAGCACGGCUCAAGGAACGCGAGGAGCGCGAGAGGAGGGAAGCUGGGACCAAGGAUAUGCCGAUAAUGGAGGUUUUGAGAAGCUUAGGGAGUAUCUUGCCAGACACUGGCGGGUGAUAUGGCUCGGGCUUCUGGGGACUAUGAAUUCAACGAUGAGACGAGGCGUCUGGGACUGCAGUUUUUUGCUUCGUGGUUGGACCAUGGGGUCCAACCUUUGUCUUGUUUUGA